CAGAAUGGGAAUGUCAUGGUUCAGUGCAGGGUGGGUGCAGGUACAUUGACAGCAAAGUCUGUGCUACCUGUCAUGACAGACCUGGCCAGCCUUGGGGCCAGCUCAGCUUGUCAUGCAAUCUCUGAAAAGUACAUGCAGUGAGAGUACAACUGUCUGCAUGUGUACAUGCUGUGUGUAGCCUACAUUGCACUAGACUGCUGUGCAGAGCUACAUCUACUACUGACACGCCACUUUUAUCUCUGUGUUCACCGCCUGGUGCGAGUGUUAUUUUCUUCUCGAGAUUUCUCGUGCUGUAUUUGUGAUCCCAGAGACGUUGCAGUGUCCCUUUGCCAGCUUGAUUGUUGAGAAAGCAAGUUGUGAGAAGCCGAGUGUGUUGGACUAGAGAAUAAUUCAUGCUUGAGCCAUGCCUCCUGUGACCUGUGUAGCGUGUGGCUGUGAAAACAAGAGGAUUAAACUGGUCCAGUGCCUCCACUCUCUGUGCAUAUCGUGCCUUGAGCAGAAUGUUGAUGAAGAUGGCUCCAUUACGUGUCCGAAGUGCAGGACGUCGACACCAUUGCAAGCUGGCCUUUCUUCCACGUUGUCUUUGCCAGACAGUUAUGCCAAUGUAGAGGGUAGUGGUGCAGAGCAGAAGUCUGCAGUGUCGUGUGACGAAUGUAUGGAUGUAAAAGUGGCUGUUUCGCGCUGUGCAACAUGCAGCAGUCAUCUGUGCAGUGUACACACCGAAGGACACAAGCUCUCCCGAGCUACACAUGGUCAUGAGGUACUUGCAUUGACUGAAGCAGGCACUGAGACUGCUGAGACCGCUACUGCUGCUUCAGCUACUCAAUCGCAGCAUCACUGUGCACUGCACUCAAGCAGUAUCCUGACCAAGUUCUGCACAAAGUGUAAGAAGCUGUUAUGUGAGCGAUGCAUUGGUACUGGAAAACAUGAGCCACACAAACAAGAUCUUGUGUCUAUCAAUGCUGCAGCAGAGAAGAUGAGAGCGUCAGUGAAUGAUUUGUUGUUGAGCUGUGUGUCUGAGAGUGAUGGCGUUCUGGAGAGCUCCAUUCAGAAAGUACAGUCCACCAUUCGUAGCCUUCAUGAUCAGAUAGAGCUUGCAUCAGAAGAGGCCGUGCUAUUUUUCCGUUCUCUGGUAGAAACUAUUCAGAAACGAGAAACCAGUGUUCUGAAUGAACUUGAUGAUCUUCAAAGUCAGGCACUGGGACCUCUGGAGAAGCAACUCGCUAGGCUGCAGGGCAGUGUGUCGCAAACGGAGGUGGUGAGAGGCAUGCUGGAUGCUUGCCAGGACAGUGUGGAUUUUGUGCGCAUGUCGUCUUGGCUAGUGACAGCCUUGACCAGUGCAGCGGCGGUUGGCAAGAGUAAUGCUGAGCCAUGUGUUGUGAGCGGCAUCGUCUUUGCGGCAAGCGACACACGUGAUCUUGUGGCUGCCAUCAGCAAAGCUGGUCUUUGUGUUGACGCAGCAAAGAACAAAGUGCGUUGCUCAGGCAAUCGUAAGAUGGGCAGUGAUGUUGAGAUCGACAUAGAGAUGAAGCACCUUUCCGAUGCUGCUACUAUCAGCCAAGACCAGCUGAGGAAGAUCGAUGUAGGAGUUUGUGUGACAAAUCCGGACGGCAAGACAGUCCAGUGUGAGCCCCUACAGCAAUCAUCCACUGGACAUCUGGUGACUAAAUGCCGUCCUGCUGCAGCCGGCGAAUACGCUGUUUCCACCACGAUUGCCGGUGUUCCUCUGAAAGGUAGUCAAGUGAAGUUCAGUGUUGUUCUACCAGCACCUGCUCAGUCGGCACCUGUACCUGUGUUUGAUAUCGACCGCUGUGAUAAGCAUAUCCACAUCAGUAACAACAACCGAACCAUCCGUAGGUCGUCGACCGGCUGGAGCUGGCGUUCAGUGUGUAGCUCACCGAUACAGGAGCAGUGCGGUAGUAGUGCUAUACAGCUACGUAUAGAUGUCAUACACUAUUCCUGUAUCUGUGUAUAUUUAUGUGCAUCGUCUAGUCCAGUACUGGAUUGGGUACAUAGCACACAGGGUGAAGUGUACGGUUGGUGUGGUUACAGUGCUGAUAGUACCUCUCGUGGUGGUGGUGCUCUAGGCCAGCCCUGGAAGAGAAAUGAUUUGAUCACAUUGACAUUAAACCAUGAUGAUCAUAGCCUGACCGGACUGCAUCAUCGUACCGGUGUAACUGAAGUGUUGCGCAACAUCCCAACCAGUAACCUAUGCUGGUAUGUAUCGUUGAGAGAGACGGGUGAUCAAGUGACAAUAGUCCAUUGAAUCCCAUUACUGAUCCGCUGGCUAUGGCCUAAUCUGUAGUAAUACGAGCACAGGAUGCUUGUCAGGAUGGACUUGUUGCGGCAAUGCUGGUAAUCAAGUUACGUGUAUGUUUUGUGAAGUAUCGUUUUCGUUAGUAGUCUCCGGCUACAGUGACUACACAGUAUAGACUGAUGACAGAAUAGGAAUUGUCUGCUUUAUUAGAUAUUUCUAUGUUGCUGGAUGUCUUGCUCACAUUGUUCUGUUGUUUUACCCCAGUAUAUCUCGUGAUAUCUGCUUGUACGUUUACUGCCUGUAUUUUAUCCCACGCACUGGCUCUUCAUGUUUGUUUGUUUUCCCUAGCCUUUUCCAUCGCUGCAAUGUCCUUGUGAGGACCCUGCGUACACAGUAAUGCUCGUAACCAUUUACAUGUAGCAGUUAUGUACCCUAAUGCUGAAACCAUGACUAUGCAUAAUAAUUAGGACAGUAGCAUAGGUACACAUGAUGUACGUUACUAGAAGAUGGAGUCAUGUGUUUAGAUAUGUUCUACUCCUAAUCAUUCCUAUAGUCACAUCCUGCUGACACUCCUCAACGUGUUGCCUAGACUUGCCCUUACCACAGAACUGUAAUCGAUCGUCUUGUCUUUCCGUCUGCGCGAUCUGCCUGUUUCCAUUGCACGUUUAUAGUAUUACAGUUUCCUUGCACCAACGUUCCACUCGCUCCUGCUGACUUUACUCGCGCUCUGUUUGCUGCUGCCUGCUCUAUGCUUCUCUUCGCAGCUGCUUCCUAUAUAGACUUCAGCGGUAUAAGUUUGCUGACUGGAGUAGAGUGUGUCAGUUGAGUGCAGUAGAGUUGUAGAGUUGAGUUUAUUAGAGAGUUUACAUUACCGCUCAAGGGGACUUGUCCGCUUGAGCCGGGUUUUUGCAUUGCAGUUUCUUACCUAUCCUUUGCAUUUCUACUUUUACUAUAUCGGACCUUUGUGCUCCGCCACGCUGA